AUGCCUCCAUUCAAAGACGAAAGUCUGAUUAUCAUUUCCCCCGGGUCGCAAUGCACUCUUGCUCAACUCGGUCUGCCAGAAUCCUUCACCCCACCAGCAUGGCGUUUCCCGACGCGCAUGUUCCCAGGAACCAGCCCUGGAGAGUGGGAGCCCACCAAGAUUCGCAGCGCUGCAGCGUCUGCGCCGAGCAUGACCAACGGCACGACUGUCAAUGGCGCCGAUCCGCCUGAGGUUGAUAUGAGCGAUGCGCCGAAGCCUGAGCCAACCUCAGAGGCUCAAGUUGUGGAAAAUCUCCAGGAACCAGACAGCACAGAUGCGGCUGUCACCUACGAAGAGGAUCCCACCUCCACCGAAGGCGCAGUCUAUCCUCUGAAAGAUGGUCACAUCGAGAACUGGCCCUGCUUCCUCGCCCUGCUCACCCACGUCUUCAACACCCUCUCUCCGCCCUUCCAUACCCCAGUCCUCGUCAUCAGUCAGCCCUGCUGGUCCGCUCGCGAUCACGAGAUCGUGACGCAGUUCUUCUUCGAGACGUUCAAGAUCCCCGCAUUUUGUUUGAUGGACUCUGCACUAGCAGCGUGUUACGCGUAUGGCAUUUCCACCGCCACCAUUGUAGAUGUUGGGUACGGCAAAUGUGAUGUUACUGCAGUCAAUGAUUUCGCGGUUUGCGACCUGGGUCGGGGAGCAGCGAUUAGAGGUGCUGGUGGGCAGGGUAUGACAAGGAGACUGUUGGAAUUGCUGGAAAAGAAGGGCUUUGACGAGCGAAUGUGUGAGGAAUUGAAGAAGAGCAGCAUAUGCGAGAUCCUCCCGCCAGAUGUACCAUUACCGGGAGCGCCUCAAAGCCCUCCGAGAGACGUCCCGAAUCCUGCCGCCGCGGCCUCCACGGGGGCCAUAGAUUCUGGCGCAGCGAUAAAUGGUGCAGUCGAAGCCAACGGUACGAAGAUCGGGACCGCACCACGAGGACCGGGGGAAGACACAGAGGUUGGCUUGGACGGCUUCAACGGAGACGACGAGGACAACGAUGGGGUGCUAGAUGUAGCCUCUAUCGUGGCCCGAGGAAACGCCAGCGAGAUACUCGCCAAGCGGGAAAGGGAGAGACAAGAGAAGGCUGCGGCUAAGAAAGCCGCAGGAGCUGAUGCGGCCAGGGCAGUACGAUUGCGGAAUUCGGAGAAACCAACCGCGAGCUUUUCGUACGAGGACUACGAAUCGGUAGCAGACGAUCUUACAAAUGGGUCCAGCAACGGGACAAGGCGUGUGCGGAAGAGGAAGCGCGAUGUCGUGGUUGGCGUCGAGCGAUUUAUGGCUGCCUCACCUUCAUCCAAUUCACACAGCAGUGAAGGCGUUCUCGACAUCAUCGCUAGGACCAUCCACAAUGCCAUCCUUUCCGUUCACGACGUGUCUAUCCGCAGCACUCUGUGGGAGAACCUCAUAGUCCUUGGAAACGGCAGCAGAAUACGAGGUUUCACUCCCGCUCUGCUAGCAACCCUGGCACAACAAUACACCCUGUCCCCCUCCACGGCGACCAUCUUCACCUCGGAGCUCCCCUCGAACCUCUCGACCCCGCUCCCCACCGGCGGCACCAACACACCCAUCCCCGGCCAACCCAUCCACCCGAUGCACCACCCCGCCGGCCACGGCGUGAACCCGCUCCUCGUCGCCGCCACCCACGCAAACCAAUCCCAAACCCAAAACCUCCCCACCCAGCAACCAGCAUCCAACCUCCACGUCCCCGGCGCCCAGGACCAACAGAACCCGCACCACCAUCGAGGCCACAACCAGACACCCACACACAUCAAGGUGGUCAAAGCACCGGAGUAUUUUCCCGAGUGGAAAGAGUCAGCCGCUGCUCCGGCCGGUGGCGGAGCGGGCACGGGCAUGGAAGAGGCUACCUUCCUGGGCGCCCAGGUGGCGGCCAAGGUGGUGUUUGUGGUGGAUCAGGGCAUCAGUAAAGGGUUUUUGACUCGCGCCGAUUAUAAUGAGUUGGGCCCCGGGGGGAUCCAUGAGUGCGCCAUGUAA